UACUGAUGGCGUGAAGAUCAUCAGCAUCACGAGAUGCGAGAGCAAGUGCUCUACAAUUCUUCGAGUGAUCAUGUGACAACUGAUGUUGCUGGGAACAAGCACCUACCCGAGACGAGAUGUACUGGUUCAGGUAACCGGUUGCACAAAAAUUGGACAAUGCAAGUCAUGUGUGAUGAACUAAAACGCUGUGAGGAUUUCAAGGCGAAUUUUGAGGAUGGGCGACUGAGUAAUAAUCACAUCUAGAGCAUCAUGCACAUGACUUGGUCAAGGCGGCGGUAAACGUAAUCUCUUGCUUGACAGACUGAGUGACUGACCGGGGAUGUGCACGAGACUACGGCCAGCUCAUGAGUGACAGUUCACCUCUGGUAAACUAUGGACAUCUGACUCUUGGAUGUCCAUAUAAAAGCUCCAGUGCUUAAGCAAAGAGGAAAAACAAUCUCAAGCCCUCGCAAGAGCUUGAUUAUUCAGUAGUAUGCACAAGAGCUGCAUAGGUUCAGACUGAUUCGACCAAAACUCUGAGUUCUUUCUGUUCCGAGGAUACGUAAGAGGUCUCUUGAAAAUUCUUUGAUUCAAGAUGGUGAAGAGAGCUGUGCUGGUCGGUUGCAAUUAUCCUGGAUCGCGGUGCCCCCUCCGAGGAUGCGUCAACGAUGUUACGAACAUGAAUAAGCUUCUCAUCGACGUCUACGGGUUUGAAAAGAAAAACAUUAUGUUCAUGGUAGACACGGAUGAAAAGUCAGUCAAGCCCACUGGAAAGAAUAUCGUGCACUAUCUCGGAAAGGCUAUCCAGGUCUCAAAAUCAGGCGAUGUGCUUUAUUUCCAUUUCAGCGGCCAUGGAGGGCAGAUUCCAGCAGAGAGUGGAGACCAAGAAGAUGAUGGAGAAGAUGAGUGCAUCUACCCAGCAGAUUUGAAUCCUAUGACGGAUGAUACUUUCAGACUUCUUCUGGCGGAUCUCAAUCCAGGCGUGAAUUUUACUUUUGUCUCCGACUCUUGUCACAGUGGUGGAUUACUAGAUUCCCAAGAUCUGCAGGUUGGGAUGGGCGAGCUAGGACAAGUAGGAAAGGAGACCGAGGCGACGAGCGGAGAGGCUUCCAUGAGAGAAGAGCAAAAGGCAGACAGGCGCUUACCGACCGAGAUUCUCAUUCAAGAAUUAGCUGAUGCAAGUGGGCGCGAAGUGAAGCUGGGAACCAUACGAUCCACACUUUACCAGCUCUUCAGAGAAGAUACGAGUCCGACCGUGAAGGUGUUCGUGAAGAACAUGGCAGGCCGUUUGGAGGACGGGCCUCCUCCGGAGGACUGGGAGAGCUCGUACAACGAGGUCGGAGUCGCAGCCCUGACGCAUCUCAAGGAAAUCUGGGACGACGAGACGAUCGACAACGAUGAGUACUUCCGCAGCGCUCGAGCGGUCGACGGCCCUCUGAACUUCAAUGGUCACGCCAACGCCAAGCCCGAUGGGCAACGCCUUCCUCCUUCCACCGGCACGCUCGUCAGCGGAUGCCAGUCGAAUCAGACGUCGGCUGAUGUGCCCGGCUGGGGCGGCGCUUACGGAGCUCUGAGCAACGCGAUCCUCAAGCUCGUCAAGCACCACUCGGGGAAGAUCACCAACAAGCAGCUGGUGAAUGGAUGUCGUGAAAUCAUGGUUGAAACCCAGCUGGAUCAAAGGCCUUGUUUGUACUGCACGAAAGAAAAGGUAAAUGCCAAUUUCAUCUGCGAUCUCAAAUGAGCGAGAGCACGGAUUGCUUCCAAAACUUUCGAACGAGAUCAUGAGACUUGACGAAACUAGACACAUUUCUUGUACAAAAACAAUCAUCAUGAAGGUUUCGGAAUGUCAGUUUAGAGAUUCCUGAGGCGUUCACGAUCGCAACCUCUUGCAUUGUUCACAUGCUCCUAUCGUUACUAAGAGAAGCCUGAGCAAUUAUAUACUUUGAAAUAAAAAUAAGACCUUUCUGGCAACGAGGACGUUUCGAGAAAAGCCUCCAAAUGGU